AUGAAAUACGAUGCAAAAGAUGAUAAACGUUUAGCACAAUUUUGUCGUAAUCAUUAUAAUGAAAAUAAAAAUGAAUUAAAAAUAAUUAUCAUAAUCAUUCACCAAUAUGAUGAUAUUGAAGUUAUUGUUAAAAUGAGACUUUUUAUACAAGAUUUUCAUCGACAAUUAGAACAAAUAAAAAUAAAUGAUAAAAUAUCGACAAUUUCAUAUCGAAGUCAAAAUUUAUCAAAUGAUGAUUUUCAAAAAAAAAUGAAAACAAGUCAAGAUAAUCCUCUAUCAUUUAAUAAUUUCAUGUUAGCAGAUACAAAUUAUGAAACAGCAUUGGAUGAUACUAGUCAUGAACGUAUUAAUAAUAAUGCUGUUGGAGUUUUAUUUCGUAUAGAAGUUGAAUCUACUCAAGCAUCAAUUCCUUUUGUUUCAUUAACAAAUUUAAGUUAUCUUGCUGAACAAGGCAAAUAUGUUCUCUUUUCAAUGCAUUCUGUUUUUCGUAUUCUUGAAGUGAAACAAAUAGAAGAUCAUUUAUGGCAAGUUAAUUUAAAAUUAACUGAAAUUAAUGAUAAACAGAUGACAUACCUUGACAAAUUAAUUUGA